AUGAGCUCCAAAAGGAUAGCCAUCAUAGGGGCCGGGAUAUCGGGGUUGUGUGCCCUGAAGGCCUGUCGGGAACAGGACUUUGAUGUGACUGUGUUUGAGAAAACCGAUGAUAUCUGCGGUCUGUGGCAGUAUAGGGAUGAAGACGUCGAGGGAAUCGCAUCCAUCACGAGAUCCACAAUACUUAACACCAGUAAAGAGAUGACUGCCUUUUCGGACUUCCCGGCGCCCAAA